CAGCCUCAUUGGCCGCCGCUGCCGCGUCCCUGCCCAUUGAGCGCACCGCCCCUGGGGCGCGCUGCGAUUGGCGGCGCCGGCCCGGCCCGGUAUCCGGGUAAGAUGGCCGCAGUCGGGGAGUGCUCGCUGCCCGCGCCGUGGCGGCCGCUCGCCCUCACUCACGUCGAAUAUCCCGCAGGUGACUUCUCUGGGCAGCUUUUAGCUUAUGUGAGCCUUGGGCCAAUAUUCAUCAUCGUUGGCUUUGUGACCCUCAUCAUCUUCAAGAGGGAGCUUCACACGAUCUCUUUCCUGGGGGGCCUGGCCUUCAAUGAGGGCAUCAACUGGCUGAUCAAGAACGUCAUCCGGGAGCCACGGCCCUGCCAAGAAGCCCACUCGGCAGUGACCACGAAGUAUGGGAUGCCCUCCAGCCACGCCCAGUUCAUCUGGUUCUUCUCUGUCUACUCCUUCCUCUUCCUCUACUUAAGGAUGCACCAGACCAACAACGCUCGGUUCCUGGACCUGCUCUGGCGGCACCUGCUGACCCUCGGCCUGCUCGCCGCGGCCCUGCUGGUCUCCUACAGCAGGGUUUAUUUGCUGUACCACACCUGGAGCCAAGUCCUCUACGGAGGUGUGGCAGGAAGCAUCAUGGCCAUAGCCUGGUUUGCCUUCACACAAGAGAUCCUAACUCCUCUCUUCCCGAGGAUAGCUGCAUGGCCCAUUUCAGAGUUCUUUUUGAUCCGAGACACCAGCCUGAUCCCCAACAUCCUGUGGUUUGAGUACACAGUCACCAGGGCAGAGGCCAGGAACAGACAGCGCAAGUUGGGCACCAAGCUGCAGUGAGCCCGGGGGCGCUGAGCGCAGCUGCGAGCGGAGCUGGCACAGCCAAAGCCUUCCCCAGCCGGAGCGAGGCGGCAGGCAGGGCCCGCCCCGGCCGCGGAAGCCUUCGCUCGGCUCAGCACCAGCCGGAUGCUCCCUGCUGCAUGUGGCACCUGCGGGGGCAGGACCUCGGCCGAAGAGCGCUUGCGGGGUGCAGCCUCCAGCCCGCGCCGGGGAGGGUGCCGUGUCCGGGAGGGCAGCCCCAGCCCGUCCCGUCCUGACUCUUUGUUUUCAGCAUGAAAUACACAAACUAUUUAUUUAUUUUUUUAAA